GUGAUGAGAAAACAAAUCCACAUGUGCGACGACGACAUGCGAAAAUGAAGCCAAAAGGUAAAUCGUGCGAGCAAAUUUCCUCGCAAAGAAUUACGAAGCCUGCCGCAACAAAUCCGUUUGAGAUACGGGUGAACAAGCAAAAGCAUAAUGUACUCGGCAGAAAAUCCAAAAAUGAUCGUGGUCUUCCUGGAGUUUCCAGAAACAAGGCAGUACAGAAGAGGAAGGAGUCCCUUCUUAAAGAAUACAUAAACAGAAACAAGUCUAAUACGUUUGUGGAUAAGAGGAUCGGGGAGUUGGACGCCUCGAUGAAUCCCGAUGAUAAAAUUGUCGCUCGUCUAGCAAUGGAACGAAAAGUGGCUCAUAAGAAAAACGUGUACAGUCUCAACGAUGACGAGGAAUUGACACAUCUUGGCAAGGCUGUCCUUGAGAUGCAAUCACACGAUGACCCACGAAGUGACGACGAAGACUUGUACGAGGAGAUGGGAAAAGAAUUUGCUGAGAAAGCAAACUUCGGCGGCUUUCUCACCAAAGCUGAUCCAAACAGUAACGCAGCUAAGUCUAGAAAGCAGGCUAUCGAGGAGCUGAUCGCGCAGUCCAAGAAGCUCAAGUACGAACGGCAAGCCGAGAAGGAUGAGAAUUUCACGCUCAUCGAAAAGCUUGACACGGAGUGGAAAGAGUGUAGAAACUUAGUUAGUACUGUGAAACCUGCCAACCAGAGGAGAGAAGACGAGGAUGAACAUGUGGAUGAUUAUGACGUGCUCGUGAAGCAACUUAGGUUUGAACCUCUUGCGGGGAGAGCCGCGGAAAAAGUGAAGUCAGUGGAGGAAGUAGCGAAGGAAGAGAAAAAAAAAUUGGAAAAGUUGGAGAAGGAACGGCAGAAGCGAGCCCAGAGCCAGAAGGAAGGGCGCAGCACCCACAUUUCCGCUGAUGAUUUGAAUGAUGGUUUCUACCAGCUGGAACCUGUGACUAAGCAAUCAGCGGAAGAGGAUGUUUCUGAUGAGGAAGAUGAGGGACAUGUGAAAGAGGAAGAAGAUGAAGGAGAGGAUGAUGAUGAAGACCAGGAUGAAGAGGAAGACUCCUACUCAGAUCUAAGCUCUGGUGAAGAAGUGGAGGAGGCUGCUGGUGAAGAAGUAGAGGAGGAGGCUGCUAGUGAAGGAGUAGAGGACAGGGUUGAUGAGUUGCCUGAGGAAAGUGAAGCGGGAGAGGAGGAAGGACCUCAAAAGGACCUCUCUCACAGACUUGCUCAACUAGCAGGAAUGAUUGCUCCUCCUCUACUAGUCGACAUCCCCGGAACGGAAGAAGAAUUUACGGCACUCAUAGGAGGAAAAACUGUAGAAGAACAAGAUGCAAUCCUCAAAAAGAUCAUUGAGGGGAAUCAGAACAAAGAAUAUUACAAGCACAAAUUUGAAGUAUUCUUCGUAAUCCUACUCCAGUACCUCAAUGACGUCGCAGAUUCCAACGUGCGCAUGGUGGACCGUCUCAUUCCGCACAUCUACAGGAUCGUUCAGCUGUCUCCCACAACCUGCGGACGUUAUCUACUCGAUGUCAUUUCUGAGAAGGAAGAGGAGCUUCGGAAGGCGCUCAAUAAAGGGUCUUUAUUCAGUGUAGCCUUCCCAGGGUUCAGCAGUUUGGUCUUCCUAAAGCUUGCCGGACAGUGCUACUCAACGUCAGACUUUUCCCACCAGGUGGUGACACUUGCCAUGAUCAGUGCGAGCCAGAUGCUAACACACUGUGCACUCAAGCGAGCAGCUGACUUUGUCCGCGGUCUCUUCGUCGCAAAUGUCUUCUGCGAGUACGUGUCCUACUCGAAACGAUUUGUGCCAGAACUCUGUUACUUCCUGAUUCGGCUCCUCAAGCGAGACCAGCUCAACGUCAAAACGUCAUUCGGAGGACAAAAUGAGAGACUUAAAUUGACACUGAAGAGCUUGAUAGACGACGAUGUAACAAUGACCGACGAAUUCAGAGUCAAAAUAGUCUAUGCCGCAUUGAAAUUGGUUUGCACUUGCGCAAGGACAUGGUCAGGUUUGCCGUCGUUCAACGAAGUUGCCUCCAACAUGUUGAUAGCUUGCAAGAAAAUUACCGUGGAACACUACCCUGAAAGUGUAAAACGGGCCAUGGAAGAAACAAUGGAGAUACUGAACAGGAAAGUGGAGCGUAAGCCAUUAAAGCCAGAGAAGAAAGCUCCACCCAUGAAGGUGUUACUGGAGCCAAGGUUUCAGGAUAAGUUUGAUGGUCGAAAGCACUUCACAGGAGGCAAGAAGAAGGUGGAAAUGAAAAGGCUCGGACAGAAGUACAAGAGAGAACUGAAGGGAGCCAUGAGGGAAGUGAGGAGGGAUAAUCACUUCCUGGCUCAGCACCAGCUCAAUGAGCAGAUGGAGAAAGAUGCAGAGAGGGCCAGGAAAGUGAAGCAGAUCUACAGGGAUCUUGCAAAUCAGGAAGGCGAUUAUAAUGCUAUUAAGCGAAAAAAGAAUUUUUAGCCUCAGUGUGUCCUUUUUGUAAGAGUGGUUAUGCGUGCGUCGAUAGUUUCUGCGGAAAAACAGCAAAAAAGCAAAUGCCCGGGUUGCCAUGUUAUGCGUUGUUCACCUUGUACUUUGCGUGGUUACCCAUUAAAACGCGAUUAUGUUCA